AUGUCUGUGACUGUUCCAGGUUCAACAGACCACAACCUGUCCCUCCCGGGGUCCACAUUGCGGCUCAUCCUGGUGGGGAAAACAGGCGCAGGUAAGAGCGCCACCGGAAACAGCAUCCUGGGACAGCAAGAGUUCGUCUCCAGGCUCAGAGCCACCCCCGUGACCAGAGCCUGCGUCACGGCCAGCCGGAAGUGGGCUAAGUGGCACGUGGAAAUCACAGACACCCCAGACAUUUUCCGCUCCGAAAUCCCCCAGACAGACCCCGAGUACGAGGAGAGAGGUCGCUGCUACCUGCUCUCUGCCCCCGGGCCCCACGCCCUGCUCCUGGUGACCCAGCUGGGCCGGUACACUGCCCAGGACCAGCAGGCUGUGAAGGCCGUGCGGGACAUGUUCGGGGAGGGCAUCCUGAAGCGAGUGGUCGUCGUCUUCACCAGGAAGGAGGACCUGGGCGAGAGCUCUCUGCAGGAUUACGUGCGCUGCACCGACAACCAGGCCCUGCGGGAGCUGGUGUCCGAGUGCGAGGGGCGGGUCUGCGCCUUUGACAACCGAGCCACUGGCCGGGAGCAG